AUGGCUCGUCUACCAGUCGUCGCUAUCGCCGCCUUGCAGAGACAGGCAGUGGCAGAAGUGAAACUCGAUGGAUUCUGGUUCGAUGUACACGGCGCGAUGUGCGUCGAGGGGCUCGACGAUGUAGAGUACGAGGCACUAAAACGGUGCCGCGAGCCUCGAGUCUUCCACCUCGAAGAAGGAGGAGAGACAAAGGACCUAGAGGCUUUUAGAGAAUUAUUAUUGAAUUUGAAUACUCUGUUCCAAGCCCUCAUUACAAGACCUUGCCACAUCGACACUGCGCUAGCAUCGGAUAAACGACCAUAUUUCAUCUCAGGGGGCUUGACGCAAUUACUCGCGCGUCCGGAAGUCAAGUCUGAAUCAGACCCAAAAGUUAUCUAUGCCAGCGUGCCGGGGUCUCACGCAGUCCAAAAAGCAGACGAAGCAGGUAUUGCAACGACUGUGACGGUAACAGCUGGGGCUGAAGUAGACGACCUUCAUGCUGGACUCAUUACUAUGACGGGACGGGUGCAUUCGAUAAAGCAUGGCGAUAGCCACGCGGAGAUUGAGGUCGUGCAGCAACUCGGAAGCAUCUUCACGAUCCUUACUAAACUGCGUACACCCUACCACCACGAGAACGAUUUUACGGAAUCAGACCUCGGCCCCCGCUCCGCAGGUAUCGUCAUCGCCAAGAUCGGGUAUCUAGAGCCGGAGCUAUACGACAUGGCUGAGGAUUGGAUGCUUGGUCUUACCCCUGGCGGCGUUGAUCAAGAUCUAGAACGGUUGGGACAUAAGCGAAUUUGAGGAUCCGGAUCUUUCUGCAAGGUUGAUUCCAACGUCCGAUGAGCCCUUAUAGAAGUUGUGGACGAACAAUGACGAGAUAUACCUACCUACCUAGGUGUCUA